CAUACAGACAUAGACUAAUCUAGGUAAGGACAUAGACAGUAUAGACAUAGACAGUACUUAUACAUGGACUUAAGACAGUAUGGACAUAGACAGUGCUCAUACGGACAUUUAAAGUGCAAGACUGGACAACAGAAGACUUGUAGAGGACAUACAUUAAGAGGUAAUGUGCAUACGUUUGUGUACCAAAACUCAAUUGGAUAAUGAGGCUGUCAGGGCCUGUCAAGUUAAUUGAUAAGGAUUCAUUUUGGCACCUGUAAGCACACACCAGAAGAUGUUGCUGUGUGUUGAUUCUCCAACUUUAAUGGAGUACGUUGCCAUUGGUCAGUCUUUUCACUUUGACAGAAAUGAUUGGCUGUUGCUUGUUUCCGGGGCUCAGAUCCACCGGUGACGUCUGCUUUUACCAUCUGCAGCGAGACAGACUGGGCGAGAAUGGCUGCCGGGGGAGAGGUCGGAAAGCUGUUACAAGUGCAGAAUGGAACUCCAGCAAACACCAGCUUUAACGGGGUAGAUGCUCUUCACGCGUGUAACCUCCUGCAGCAGCUGAAAGCCCUCUAUGACGAAGCACAGCUGACAGACAUCGUGGUGGAGGUGGACCAUGGCAAGACAUUCUCCUGUCACAGAAAUGUCUUGGCCGCCAUUAGUCCUUAUUUUAGAUCCAUGUUCACAAGUGGCCUUACAGAGAGCAGCCAGCGCGAGGUGCGCAUCGUGGGCGUGGAGUCGGAGUCCAUGCACCUGGUGCUGGACUACGCGUACACGUCGCGCGUCACGCUGUCGGAGAGCAACGUGCAGGCCCUCUUCACGGCGGCCAGCAUCUUCCAGAUCCCGGCGCUGCAGGACCAGUGCGCCCAGUUCAUGGUCAGCCGGCUGGACCCGCAGAACUGCAUCGGCGUCUACAUCUUCGCCGACGCCUACGGCCACCAGGAGCUGGCCGAGCGCUCGCAGGACUACAUCCGCAAGAAGUUCCUGUGCGUGGUGGGCGAGCAGGAGUUCCUGCAGCUCACCAAGGAGCAGCUGGUGGGCAUCCUCAACAGCGACGACCUCAACGUGACCAAGGAGGAGCACGUGUACGAGAGCGUGGUGCGGUGGCUGGAGCACGACUGCGAGGCGCGGCAGGCCCACCUGCCCGAGGUCUUCUCCAAGUGCAUCCGCCUGCCCCUGCUGGACGAGGCCUUCCGCAGCCGCAUCCCGCCGGCGCUGGCCCUGGCGCUGCCCAAGGACGGCGGCGCGGCCGACAAGAACGGCCACCUGAACGGCACCAACGGCUGCCCGCAGCGGCUGGGCAUGACGGCCUCCGAGAUGGUCAUCUGCUUCGACGCGGCGCACAAGCACUCAGGGAAGAAGCAAACGGUGCCGUGCCUGGACACGGUGGCCGGCAAGGUGUACAAGCUCUGCAAGCCGCCCAACGACCUGCGGGAGGUGGGCAUCCUGGUCACCUCGGAGAACGACAUCUACAUCGCCGGCGGCUACCGGCCCAGCAACAGCGAGGUGUGCAUCGACCAUCGCGCCGAGAGCGACUUCUGGCAGUACGAGCACGCGGGCAACCGCUGGCUACCCAAGGCGCCCCUUCUGCGGGCACGCAUCGGCUGCCGCCUGGCGCACUCGUGCGGCAAGCUGUACGCGCUGGGCGGACGCGUCUACGAGGGCGACGGCCGGAACGCGCUCAAGUCGGUGGAGUGCUACGACGCCCGGGACAACUGCUGGACGGCUGUCAGUCCCAUGCCCGUUGCCAUGGAGUUUCACAGCGCAGUGGAGUACAAGGAGAAGAUCUACAUCUUACAAGGCGAGUAUUUCUUCUUCUAUGACCCGCGUAAGGACUACUGGGGCCACCUGACGCCCAUGGGUGUGCCGCGCAGCCAGGGCCUGGCGGUGCUGCACCGCGGCUGCAUCUACUACAUCGCCGGUGUGUGCCGCAACCACCAGCGCACCUUCACGGUGGAGGUGUACGACAUCGAGCAGAACAGCUGGAGCCAGCGCGGCGACCUGCCCUUCGACCAGGCCACCAGCCCCUACAUCAAGGCCCUGCAGCUGGCCGGCCGGCUGCACCUCUUCGUGCGCGCCACCCAGGUGAUGGUGGAGGAGCACGUCUUCCGCACCAGCCGCAAGAACUCCCUCUACCAGUACGACGAGGACGCCGACCAGUGGCGCAAGGUCUACGAGACACCCGACCGCCUCUGGGACCUGGGCCGCCACUUCGAGUGCGUGGUGGCCAAGCUCUAUCCGCAGUGUCUUCUCAAAGUGCUCUGAUUGGCUGCCUCUCGCCGGUGGUCAGGCGUUAGUUAAGGGCGGGAAAAGAGAAAGAGAAGGGGUUGAGAGAGAACGAGAGAAAGAAAGAAAGAAGGGAGAAAGGGGUUGCCACACCUGACUUGCCUGAGGUGCUAUUUAGCUGUGGGGGUUCGGGAAACCCCUCGAGCUGCAUGUGUGUCUUAGUACAGAGACCCAUCUGGAUCCACAAGUCUUAAACAAGUGUCGGGAGUUGUCCCAAGGAUUGGGGAUUGGCUGGUUUUCUUUGGCGUUAGUUGUUGUCGUGGGUGACUGCUCCCGCUCCUACCGGCGGCCAUUUUGUUUGACAAUGGGCUCGUCUAAUGGGGCAAGCAGCAACUUGCUCAAUCACUUGUUUUACAGCCGUACAAUGAAUCAUAAGUGCAAUUAUCAUAUGGUUUCGCAAGACUUGUUUUUGAGCCAUUUGUCAUUUUCUAGAUCUGAGAGACAUGGAAUCAUAGGGUUAAGAUUGGGCUUUUUUUGUUUUGGUUUUUCCCUCAUCAGUUUUUAGAUGGCAUGCAGUUGAGGUUGGUGACAGUCGUACCCUCUGGAAAGGGUUUAUGCAGAGAGCAUUGGCGGCAGAAGUACAAGUACACGAAAUGCUUAAGUACGCGAAAGCCUCUGUACUUGCUACACGCGCUCAUACGGGUAUGGUGAGCGGAUGUGCUCACGGAUAGUUAGCUAGAUUUCAAAUGAAUAGAUUUUUUUUAUGUUCUCUUUUUUAUUUGUACCAUUUGCCAUGCCUCCUCCUGCGUGGCCAUUUUUAAAAACAAAACAUUUUUUGAGUUUGAGGGUUUUUUUAUGUUUUAAGAUUGAGUGUGUUUGUGUGUGUGUGCAUGCGGUGGUGAUGAUGGGAGUGAGUUUAUCAAUAUGGUGCAUUCUGUCGCAUUGCCAAGAUGUGAUUGGCCACUGCUCAUGGCGCUGUUUUGUGCGACAUGCUUCCCCACUAUAUCUAAAUACCUAUUUACCUAUUUAUGUGUUGUGCGUUUCGUUAUGUAUGUUCCUUUUUUGUGUUUGUCUUACCAGUUUUGGUAUGUAUCACAUUUUGUUGUUAUUGUUUGGAAUUAGGUCUUAUUUUAUUUGUUUGUCUGUUUUGUAUGGGUUUGUUUCUGUUUUUCUUAUGUUUGAAUAUUUGUGUCGUCAAUCAGUAUGGUGGACAAUUUUUGGUCCCUCUCAGCAUCCAGAUCUCUUAAAAAAAAAAAGAAGGAAAAGAAAAACAAAAAAAAACGAACUUGCACCAGCCAGAACAUCUAUUAGAAAUAUUCUUAGUCUCCAUAUUGGAGAGCAUACAAAAAGUAGAAUUCAGCUGAAUAUAGCUGUGAACCAUUGGGGAAGAGUAGAGGGGGAAUCCAGGCAAUAGGUUAUUACUGACAGAGCUGUCGUGUCCUUGUCAGGAAAGGAGCGAAGCAAAGGGAAGGGAAGGGAAGGGAAGACUGAGGAGCAGGAAGGUGCUUUCAUUUCUCAUUUCUAUUAUUGGGCCAUGGGGUCCGAGUAGAACAUCUCCCCACAGCUGGAUCUCUGUGGACUUUGCCUCUGACUCUAGAACAGGCAGGACAUUUGCAUUAAGACAGGACGUCUUAAAAGGCCAACCAAUGCAUUUGUUGAAAUGCGCCCUUGUGGUCUGGAACGUGCGUUUUUUAGUUUUAGGGUUUUUUUUUGUUUUGUUUUUGUUUGUAGCAAUAACCGUAGAAGAUAAUCGUGUGAAUGGAGUAGGUGGAGGUGGUUCAGGAGAUCGACACAUAUUCCUCAGUUUUCUUCGAGAAAGUGCAUUAACUAUUGUUGCAAGCUAAAACCUUUUGGUGGUGCUGAUUUUUUUUUUGUCGUGUUUUCGAAUCAAUGUGAUCUGUGGGUCUUCUUCAGAAUAACCUGCGGCAGUGGAGAUGUGGAGAGUGGCCUGAAGUUGUUUUCCUGGGAGCCUUUUAUACGUGCAGAAUCCUCCUGGGAUCAUGUCAAUGUGCCUAUCGAUUAAAAACAAACAAAACAAAACAAAAAGCAGCAGCAGGCCUACGGAGUUGCACUGAAUCAUGCUUUUGUUUUUCCUCACUUGCGAAAUGGCUUGCCUUGCCACUGCAAACUAUUACACACACACACACACACACACACACACACACACACACACGCAACCCUCCCAUCUUACUCCCCUCUCACACCCACCCACCCAUCCAUCCAUCACAGGCAUGAGCCAAGAUGGCGUGGCAUCAUGAUUCAUUUGUUGCAUCGGUGUCUAUGUAUAAGUAUCUCUAGAAUGUCACAAGAGGAACUAUGUGGAAAGCGAAUACAGAUGGAAAAACAAAACUUUUGGUGCUGCUUUUUUGACAAUCUUGUACAGAACUGCGAGAUAUUACAGCCAUCGGGUGACGUCCCUUGUAGCACGAUUGCGAGUGUUUUCAUUUUUUUGUUUCAAUAGUUUUGAUCAUAUGCAGGUUCCCACAGGUCCUGAGUUUUGCACUACAUCGUCCUUGUGUUUUGUGAAUUCACAGUGAAACGCUGUCCUUUUCAAUCAGUCUAAGGUGACAAAGCAAUCUCGUGGAGAGAGGGAGAGAGGCAGGGCGUUAAAAAAAACCUUAAAGCUCUGUUUACCCUCUGUAUUUUUUUUUUCCUUUUUAAAAAAGUGAAAAAUCACAAAAAAAAGUGUAUUGUGAUUUUUACGUUUGCCAUGAAGAGCAAGCAAUGGCAGUGGUGUAAUAACAGCCAACAAAUGGACAGAUAACAGCUUAGCUCUGCAAGUCCCGUGCCACUCAACUCGCGAUGGGUUGAGGAUCACAUGACUCUGGGGAGGGAUGGAAGGGCUCCUCCUCGCUUGUCGUUCCACGCCUAUCCUCUCUAUCCCUCCAUCCAAUCGCUCCUCUCCUCCCUCCCUCCCUCCCUCCUCCUACCCAGCCCUGCAGAACUGCAGAGACACUCAGAGGUGCAGAAAUCUGAACAGCCGGACAACUCUCAGGAUCUUUAUUUGUUAUUAAAACACAGUACUGUAUUUAAAGAAAUGUUGUUUUAUGUGUAUUAUACUGUACCAUAUGUUUGCUGUACUUGCACAGUUUUUUUUCCUUUUUUUUUUUUUAAGCAAAACUUUUUUUUUCUUCUCUUCCCAACUUGAAUAAUAGAUGUGAUUUUGUUUCUUCUUUGUUUGUUUUGUAUGUCUGAUGGGUGUAUUAUUUUCUAUAUUUACUCGUAGCUUUUUGGUAGAAGAAAAAGUUUGCUCUGGGGAUUAUGAGGAAAAAAAAGAAAAGGAAAGGAAAGAAUUUCAAACAGAAACCACAUAUGCUGGUUUUUUUUUUUUUGCUUGUUUUUUGGACUGCACAGCUUCAGUGUCAGUGUAAACUACACACCACACACAGCAUUACAGAUAUUAACUCCAUACAGUAACCUCUCAACAAACACCAGUCAUCCGUUGUACAAAAAGCUUCUGAAACAAUGCGGAUAAAAUCCACCUUGUGCUGUUGUCUGUUCUCCGUGCUAAAUGCUAUUGAGCUCUUGCUAUCUUUUGUUUGGCUCACGCAGCGUUCAUACGUGUCCACAACAGGGUGGAUAUCACCAGUGAGUUCUUCCUUUUUCAUUUGAGUUUUUUUUUUUUUUUUCAACUUUUAUUUGCUUGGUUGUAUGAUAUGAGACUUUGGUAACUAUUAAUUGAUCUUUACUGUGAACUUCACAUUGCACAUAAUUUGACAAUAAAAGAAAAAUGAAU